CCCGAGAAUUUCGACCCGGCAGUUGGGAUUUGGUGCUCGAAGUGGCGAGAUUGCACGAUUAACACCGCACUAUGAACAACCAGAGAUUUGGUUUUGGGUUGUGCUUAGUUGCUCUUCUUGGUCUGGGUAGUUCACAAAAUGAGCCGACCGAUCUUGACGAUCUGACGGUGAAUUUCCGCAUUGCGCCCGGUUGCGAGAAGAAGCUUUAUCGCCGAGACCCAAAGACAACCACCUUAAGUGUUGAAGAACAAAACCAAUGCCAAGCAAUCUUUGAUUGUGGACCACGAUGCCAAGGAGCCGAGUCCCAAUGCAACGAACAAACUUUACCCAUUUGUAACACCUACCGGCGGCGGGAAUGCAAGACUACGUAUGAAAAGGUCUGCUUUCCCAACCGACAAUCUCGACCAAAACGAAGUCUAUCCCGACAAAAGAGGACUUUUGGGAGAUCGUUUCGAGCAAAGAAGAAGAGCCUAAGGAGGAAUUUUGGCAGAAGGCACCACCGAUUGAGCCAUCGGAGAUCAUACCAUUCGAACGCUCAUAGAUAUGUCCGCCCAACAAGAAAGACAUUCGUUUCCCAUGGUCAUAACUCACCAUCUUCAAGUUCGUUUUCUGGGAGCUCACAUGCCGUUUGGCGUCCAAGCGGAUCUUCCACAACUUGGACCAAGCCAGGUCAAACGAUCUCAAAACCAUCUUGGUCCUCACCUUCUAAACCAAUACAUACAGUUUGGCAGCCAAGUCCACCGUCCACAAUCUGGAAACCAGCUCACUCUAAUUCUGGUUCCAAAUGGACUACGUCUAGUAACUCAAACCAUGGCACUUUGAGUACAAGUGCCUCCUCCCAAACUAGACCUACGAGCCAUCACAGUUGGAAACCAAAACCUCCAACAAGUCACUCUUCGACCAAUUGGAAACCAAGCCACUCCCCAAACAAACCAGCUCAUGCAAGCACAACAACCAUUUGGAAACCAAGCCACUCCCCAAGCAGACCAGCUCAUGCAAGCACAACAACCAUUUGGAAACCAAGCCACUACCCAAGCAGACCAGCCCAUGCAAGCACAACAACCAUUUGGAAACCAAGCCACUACCCAAGCAGACCAGCUCAUGCAAGCACAACAACCAUUUGGAAACCAAGCCAUUCUUCUAAAUAUCCAUCUGACGGAAGCUCUUCCAGCAUUUGGAAACCAAGCCAUGCCCAAAGCCAAUUAUCAAAUGGAAGUACACCGACAAUUUCGAAACCAAACCGUCCACAAAAGAAACCAUCUUGGAAGCCACCUCAAAGUUCACCUAUUAUUUGGAGACCAGCUCAUGGGACUUCAACAACAAUUGUGAAACCAGUCCAGACUAUUCCCACUCAAGGGACCUCAUCAACAGUCUGGAAGCCUCCCACAAGCUCUUCGUCAUCUCCAGGCAUUAUUCAAAAGCCCCAACCACCCCCCAGUGGUUCGUCAACGACACCUGAUUCGAUUCCAACUCAACAUGGCACAUCACCAGAAGGAUGGUCAUUCAAGCCUAACAAACCAAUUUGGACACCUCAGCCUCCCAUUACAUCAAGACCUGUGUGGAAGCCCGCUCCUCCAACAACCUUUAAACCAACCACAAAACCAACGACCCCUUCCACUACCACUACAACAACCAUAACAGCACCCACUACUACAACCAGGCCAGCCUCAGUGGAGCAAAAUGAUGAGGAAAACACGAACAAUUUCGAGGAUGAAAUCCCUGAGGGGGCUUUUCAAACCCCCUCAGCCGAUCCUGGUCAGACUUGCUACAAAAGACCCCGAAGGAAAUGCUCCUGGGUUCCGUAUAAAGAAUCCUGUAACUAUGGCGAAGUCACCACAUGUGCCAGCCGACCAGUAGGGUGCCGAUAUCGUUGCAAUAAGGCUUACUUGUGCGCUAAUUGUGGGUCCAAUACCGACCUUAAGCCAGAGGUCACAUCUCGUCCCACCCAAACAACGACUCGUAGACCCACUACUUCCACAACACGAAGGACAACCAGACGAACCACUUAUCGUCCCACUAGACCAACAACCACUCGUAGACCAUUCACCAGACCAACUAAUAGGCCAGUAGGCCCACCUAAACCUAAUCGACCCGAUGGAAGACCUGAUAAUCGUCCAAGACCCCCUGCUCCUCCUCCACCGGGGUUUGAAAUCUUACCCCCGGCAAUUUAUGAAAAUGAUGCCUCUGAUUCUGUUACUCCUCUCCGGCCACCUGUACAACCAAAAAAAUGAAUCUCAAAGGUCUUUUCAAAAAAGCGCCAAAAUCUAUAUCUGAGCUCAACACUAAGGGAUCCUUAGUUCAUUGAAUUCAUUAAAAUCAACCAUGAGGCACUUGAUGUGCAUAAAACUCUGCAUAAUACACAUUUUGUCUUUGUCUUCUUUCUUUGAACCUAAUCAUGAAUCAUCAUCAGUUCAAACACCACUGUGUGACUUUAGAUUUCUUAUUUCAUCCAUCACGUGGGCCGUUUCAAAAAAGUUUGAUAAAAUUUAAAUUUCCUUAUCUCAUGACAAGCGAAUGGUAAAUGGCUUUGAAUCACGGGAAACGAUUUUUUCCUUUCACGAGAGUCGUUUUGCUCAAACUUGAACGAGUGAAACCUGUUGGCGUUUUGGAUACACCUCUGCUUAAACGUUCUGAAGUCAGAUCCAAGUCCAGAGAUAGACCCGUCAUCUCAAAUCAAUUGGCCA